CAUUCUGUUGCUAGCGAGUGCUUGCAAAUCGCGACGAUAUCGAGCGUAAAGACUAAGCGCAAAAAUGGAGGACACUCGGCGGGGAAUUGGAAAUGCUCGAUGACGAAAGGUAUUUCAAGGUGUAAUUACAUCCACAUCCAAUUGGAUCGCACCUUCGUUCGGUUGCUAGGUCAACAACCUUCGAUGUUAUUCAAAUAAUGCAACGGCUGGAGCAGCCGGUAGCGAGUCGUAAAAGUUUCAAUAAAACACGUUCCUGCUAGUGAACGUAUGUUAAGACUUACACCGAGUUUUAUUUCGCUACGCCGUUUACUAGUUCGAAACGAUCGAUUGCAUAAUAGUAGCUGUUUCUUUCAUCUCGGAAACACGAUCGUAAACGGUGACAACGAUCCAGCUUAUUCCUGAUCGUGUUAAUUUCCACGCAAACUUUGUAAACAUUAUACGUCGCGACGCUCUCGUUAACGCGUCAUUCCCUCCAACUCGAAAGUCUUGCAACUUUGGUGAUCCGUUUUCUGUGUAAAAUUGGUUACGAGCAUCAGGGGACUUAUCGUCGUAAUCGGCUGUCGCUGGCGAUACCAGUCAACCGCGAAGGUUACUCGAGAUGCAGCAUGUACGAUGUAAAUUACACGGAAAUUUUGCUAAAUGGAAGCCACGUACCGGACCCAUCGUGGCCAACGAAAGAUUGCCAACAAGGAUGGGAAUUUAAUUAUACCACCGUCCCUUAUGCGUCUGUGGCAUCCGAGGUGACAGAAAAUGUUCGACUUCUGGGAUGGGUUUGUCAGUAUGAUGCAUUGCCAACCAUAGCUCAAAGUAUCUUCUUCAUCGGCGCUAUCUUCGGAGGAUUAAUUUUUGGAUGGGUUGCUGAUCAAUAUGGAAGAAUACCAGCUUUGCUCGGAGCUAAUUUAAUGGGAUUUCUCGCUGGGGUGGCUACUGCGUUCACGGGUAGCUUCUGGCAGUUCACUUUGUGUCGUUUUUUCGUUGGAUUCGCCUUUGAUAAUUGCUUCACUAUGAUGUACAUAUUAGUAUUAGAAUACGUUGGACCAAAGUGGAGGACAUUCGUGGCGAAUAUGUCGAUCGCAAUAUUCUUCACAUUUGCAACUUGCAUUCUACCCUGGAUCGCCUAUUAUUUGGCCGACUGGAGGAUGACCUGUAUUGUCACCUCGGUUCCUCUUGUUCUAGCCGUAGGUACGCCAUGGUUGAUACCGGAAAGCGCUCGAUGGCUGGUCAGCCAAGGUCAGAUAGACAGGGCCAUUAAAAUCCUUGGUAAAUUCGAGCGAAUCAACGGCACCAAGGUGCCCGAUGACAUCUAUAGACGAUUCCGGGAAACCUGUGCCAGAAUCUGCAAAGAGGAGGAAGCAGACAAAACGUACUCCGUGUUGGAUCUAUUUAGAACGCCACGACUACGGAAUAUCACGAUUCUAUUUAUUGUUAUUUGGAUGGCGAUUUCUUUGGUGUUCGAUGGUCACGUACGAAACGUCGAUAAUUUAGGCCUGGACGUGUUUGUUACGUUCACGAUUGCUGCAGCAACCGAGCUGCCUGCUGACACGUUCCUCACGCUCGUUCUUGAUCGAUGGGGCAGAAGAUGGCUGGCGUGUGGUUCCCUCGUCAUUUCUGGUAUCUUCAGCAUCUGGGCUUCUGCCGUUUCCAAUAGUAUAUAUACAGCUUCUCUGGCAAUUCUCGGUAGAUUUUGGAUAAACAUUUCAUACAAUAUCGGUCUCCAAUAUGCGGCUGAAGUAUUACCAACUGUGGUUAGAGCUCAGGGUGUAGCUUUGAUACAUAUAAUGGGAUACGUUGCUAGUAUCCUCGCACCCUUCGUAGUCUAUCUCAAUGUUGUGUCCUCGUUCCUACCUCUUCUUGUGCUGGGCACACUCGGAAUUAUGGGCGGUCUUCUGACUCUCUUUUUGCCGGAAACAUUGAAUAAGGAUCUUCCGCAGACGCUGCAGGACGGCGAGGAUUUUGGAAAAGAUCAGAAGAUGUGGGAUGUACCUUGUAUCGGAAGGAAACGCGAGGACGAGGAGACACCACCGGUCGCCAUGUUCCGAUCAUUUUCUAGAUGCAGUGCGAGGAAUUCGAUGAGAGCGUCGCUUCGCGGUGAACCUUUAAGGAGUAGCAUGCUACGGAGAUCGAGUAUAAAAUCGAGGAAAAGCGAAAACUCGAUCACAGAGGUCGAAAGGCUGUAGCGAAACGUUCACCACGAAGUACAAUAUUUGUCGCGUUGAUCUCGAGCAAAGAAUCUUUAGUCUUCCAAAAACGUGCAAUACAUGUAUUAGAGUAAGACAAGUCACUGAAUCCAGGAAUCUUAAAUUCCACCGUCAUUAAUAUUCAUUAUCACAAAACAGCGGAUUUUUAUGCAAUUAUGGGUGAUUCGAAGAUACGAAAAUUUAUAGAAUGCGUAUGACGCAAAAUUUUGUAAAAUAUCCAAAAGUACAGCACUAUCGAUGAUAUUUAAUGGAUAGAAACAUACUUUUGCCCAAGUCCUUUCGAUUGUAUCAAAUCUUUCAAUUGUAUUAUUGUAUCCACGAAAAUAUGCAUUUGAAUAAAG